AUGACCAGCGCCCACCGGGACCUCGCUGCCCGCGCAGCCGAGGGGAUCCGGCCUACCUCACCGACGAGCACUCCCUGCCGCCGCGGAGGAGCGCCGUCCGCACCAGCGAGGCCGCCGCCUCAGAUCAGCCGGCGCGGAUAUGACCAGAACAAGCUCCGCCGCGAAGAACGCCGCGCCGCCACCGGCCCGCGCGCUCCACCGGCCAGCAGGCCGCGCCGCCCCGCACCGACACCACUAGCGCGCGCCGGCCGCCGAGCUCCGCCGCCGCGCCCGAAGAAGCAGCCCCCCGCGGCCCCUGUUCCAGGCGAGGAAAUGAGAUCCCGCCGCCGGCACCGCGCGGGCUUUGCCCGGCGGCGGGAGGAGAGGAAGGAGGUGGGGGCUGGGUUCGGCGGCGGCUAG